AUGUUCUUCGAUGAGAACAAGGUCCUGACAACAAUGGUCGGAAUCCAUGUGGAUGACCUCUUUGCUUGCGGCCUGACUACAUCAACUACCUACAACGAGUUGAUCAAGCAGCUCAAAACCUCCUUCAACUUCAAGCACUGGACAGUUGAAGGCGAACGCCCACUAGAGUUCUGCGGAUGUCAAUUCACCCGCACAGCCAUUGAGUCCGUGAUGACGCAGGCUGACUACCUCAAGACCAUCAAGCCCAUGACCUGCGUGGACAACGAGGCUGACAGAGAGUUGAAUUCCAAAGAACAGAGUUCUUUAAGGGCACUACUUGGUGCAUUUCAAUGGCCAGCAGCCCAAACUUCACCUCACCUAUGCGCCUCAGUGUCGCUCUUGUAUGGAGAAGUCACCACUUCCACGGUCAAUGUGGCCCAACAAGCGAACAAGACCCUACGUUUCGCAAAGAACAACAAUGACGCCGGCUUGGUGUUCCGCUCUAUGGGUGGCUCGCUGGACGACCUAUGUAUGGUGGCUAUGAGUGAUGCUGCAUGGGGGGUGAGACGCAACAAUGAAAGCCAAGGCGGCUAUCUGGUGCUCCUAUAUCACAAGUCAGUGCUUGAGGACAGCACCCUCAACCACGACUACACCAUCCUGGACUGGAGGAAUUUCAAGCUUCCAAGGAUCAGUCGGUCCUCAUUGAAUGCAGAGAGCCAAGCAUGCUCAGCCGCGAUGGACGUCCUGGAAUACCUUCUCAUCAUUUGGGAAGGAUGUCUGAACAGUGAUUUCCAGUUGCGCCAGGUCAGCGAGCUCAAGCCUUCACUGCCUUCGGCACUGGUGGAUGACAGCCUCAAGGCUGAAAUUCCAAAUCUCCAAGGAGACAAAAGAACAAAGAUCGAGGUCAUGGUGACCAAGCAAAAGAUGUUGGGCAUGAACACCAAACUACGUUGGGUCAGCUCGGAGAUCCAACUGGCUGACGGGGCGGCAAAGAAGAAGACCUUAGCUGAGAGACAGGCGAAUGUUCGCAGGCAUGCGAUCAGCAGGACAAACAACCACAACAGCCUGGCCUAUAUGAUCCUGACCUCACAGAUGGCCAUGGUCCAAGCCUACCAACCGUCGAUUGAGGUGGCCCUCGACUUUGUCUUCUCGCCCGAGAUGACCCUUACGCUGUUCAUCAUCCUGAUGACCUAUGUGGGAUGGAACCUGGGCAGGAGAUGGUCUACAACGACCUCAACGACCACCAGAACCUACACGGAGACACGGACUAUGACAACUUCGAGCUCUUCAACAAGGGACUUUGGAACGCAGGCCGAGACCUCCGAAGAGAAGAACAUGUUCGGCCUCCUCAGAGUUGAAGUUGACCGACUUCGACAAGACCUCAGAGAUUCCGAUUCCUACAACGUCGAGCUCAAGCACAAGUGUGAAGAGUUGGAAAAUGAAAAUGAUGAAUUGGAGAGACAGGUUGACGACCUGGUGAUCAUGAGAGACUUCCUCAGCGGCAAGAUUGGUGAGCUGGACGGCAAGUACAAGGACAUGAGAAUGAAGUGGCAACGCGCUGUGCAGACCCUGAUGGACAUGCAACAUCGAUUGCAGGUCAACCCCCUGGCCCAAGUGAUAUGGCACACGAGGACUGAGGACUGGCAACAAGUACCAUGA